GACUAGUGGAGUCGAGUGCGACCCGGUAUAAGUCCUCGCGGAUUUACAUUGGCAGUUGGCACACGCGAUAUCUCGCUUGAUUAAAAAAUUGCUGAGACCAAGGUGAAGCCUUUUUAGCGUGUUUACAUAUAUAAGGCGAGAUCGGAUGUAGACGAAACGUCAUUGGACGUGAGAAUACACGAGGAUGCUGUGCAACGCGAUAUUCGUCGGUUUCUGCUGCUUUCUACUACCAGCUUACGUAAUCGCUGAGGAAAGACCAAGAAUUAUUAUUAUCGGAUCUGGUGCAGCCGGAAUAGCCGCGGCUUCGCGUCUCUUGCAGAAUGGAUUCACCAAUCUGACGAUACUCGAGGCGGAGAAUAGAAUCGGUGGAAGAAUUCACACCACGGAAUUGGGUGGUUACUGGGUCGACGUCGGAGGUCAGUGGGUCCACGGAGAAGAAAACAAUGUGGCAUUCGAACUGGCAUGGCCUCUGGGGCUACUCCAAAAAACUGAGUCGGUGUGGCUGUACAAAUUGUUCAGUUCUUCCGGCUCGAUGACUCCGGAAACAACGGGUAAAAAGCUGAUGGAGUUUUACUACGAUCUCGUCGAAAGCGAGCCACCGGACGAGUACUUGAAUGUGUCCAUCGGAGAGUACUACAAAAUUAAAUUCGAUGAGUUUUUCAAAGCUCAUCGGGAGAUCGCCGUAGACGAGCGGGGGCCCUUGGAAAAUAUGGUCGAUCUUUUUGAAAUGGCUCACGACGCUGGGGAUAAUUGGUUCAACGUUUCUGUCAGAGGACUCCGCGAAUACACUCGUUGUCCCGGAGACCAAGCGAUUCAUUGGAAAAAUAAAGGAUACAGUACGAUUCUCGACGUUUUAAUGAAAAAAAUUCCGAAUCCAUUGGAAGAGCUGCCGGUGUUGAACAAAACGAUUUACAACAGCGAAGUUUCGCGGAUCAAAUACAACCUUUCUGGUGGAAACGUGCGCGUUGUUACUUCGACCGGAGACGAGUACGUCGGGGCUCACGUUAUUCUCACAGCAUCUCUGGGCGUUUUGAAAUCCGAUCAUCAAACGCUUUUUGACCCUCCGUUACCUGAGAAAAAAAUAAAUGCGAUUCGGGGCCUCGAGUUUGGAACUGUGGCAAAAAUUUAUCUCCAUUAUCCCGAACCUUGGUGGGACACCGGAAACGGAACUCACAUGUUUGCUUUCCAUUGGACCAAGAAGGACAGAGAUGAGCUUGCGAAAGAUUCCGAAAAGGCCUGGUUACUCGGACUGUUUGGAGCGAUGCGUGUGGAGAACAAGCCCAAUUUGUUGUGCUGCUGGCUCAGCGGACCCCACGCCAGAGCAAUGGAAAGUGUACCCGAAGAGCUGGUUUUCGACCAGACGAAGGAGAUGCUACGGCGAUUUAUAGGCAAAACCUACAACCUCACAGAACCAACUGCAAUGUUGAGGAGUCAGUGGUACAGCAAUAAACACUUCAGGGGUACGUACAGCUACAGAAGUCUCGCGACUGAAAGAUCGGGAGCGAUGGCGAUCGACCUGUCGGAGCCGAUAACGCAGCGAAAAAAACCUAUUCUCUCGUUCGCUGGUGAAGCCACGCAUCCCCAGUAUUUUUCGACGGUGCACGGAGCGAUUGAGACCGGAUGGCGAGAAGCUGACAGAAUCAUCAAAUACCACACCGAACGCAAGUCCACCAAAGACUACUCGCUGCAUAUUCAAAUGUCAAAGAUCGCGAUGUUUCGGCUCGCCUUGUUCGCAACUUUGUGCUCCUCCGUUCUUCAAGUCCAAGCUAUCGUCGCUCGUUCACCGAGGAUUGUUAUCAUUGGAGCUGGCGCUUCCGGGAUCGCGGCGGCUUCCCGUCUCCUACAAAAUGGUUUCAACAACGUUACCAUUCUCGAAGCGGAAAAUAGAAUCGGUGGGAGAGUUUACACCACCAGAUUUGGCGACUAUUGGGUGGACGUCGGUGGACAGUGGGUCCACGGCGAGGAGGACAACGUAGUGUACGAGCUCGCCUGGCGUCUUGGCCUCCUCGGGCACUGGGACGUUGAAACAAAUAUGACAGUGCUCAGUUCAUCGGGAUCCGCAUUACCCGAGGCUAUUGCAAGCGACCUUGUCGACUUGUUUUUCAAUAUGACGAACGCGAGGACACCAGAAGAAUACUCGGGCAGAUCGGAGGGAGAUUUUUACAAGCUUGAAUUCAAUGAGCGCUUCGAUUCUUAUCCUGAGCUGACGAACGAGCAGAGGAAAUCUCUGACGCAGAUGUUCGAUUUGCUUCAAAUGACCGCGGACGCUGCAGACAGUUGGGUGAACGUUUCUGCGCAUCACGAAGACGUUUUGUGUCCGGGUGACCAAGCUCUCAAUUGGAAAGACAGAGGAUACAGCACGAUUCUCGAUAUCUUGAUGAAAAAAUUCCCCGAUCCUGCUAAGGAACUUCCGGUGCUCAACAAAACUAUACUGAACGCUGAAGUCUCUGAGAUCGAUUACAAUGUUCCUCAUGGCGUUAUCAAGGUUUCGACCACCAACGGAUUCGAAUACCGAGCUGAACACGUCAUCGUGACGGUGUCCCUCGGCGUCUUGAAAGCCGAUCACGAAAGGAUGUUCAAUCCACCAUUACCGGAAACGAAAGUCAACGCUAUUCAGGGUCUUCAACUCGGUCACGUGGCGAAAAUAUUCUUGCUCUAUCCCGAAGCAUGGUGGGGAGUUGACAAUUUCGCGUUUUUCACUAUUUACUGGACCGAAGAGGAUCGAAAGGAGCUCGAAAAUGAUCCCGAGAAAUCGUGGCUUCUGAGCAUUGUCACGAUUGUCAGUGUCGAGCACAAGCCACGUUUGCUGAGUUGUUGGUUGGCGGGUCCGCACGCUCGGGAAAUGGAAUCCAAGUCCGAAGAGCAAGUUUUCACUCAGCUGAAGGAGAUUUUUCAUCGAUUCUUCGGACCUGGAUACAAUCUUACCGAACCCUCCGCUAUGUUACGGAGCAAGUGGUUCCUCAAUAAACAUUUUCGAGGAACGUGGAGUUAUCGCAACCUCGAAACUGAACGUCUCGCUGCCACGGCCGGCGAUCUUCAGGAACCAAUUAAGCACGAAGGAAACCCCAUCGUACUGUUCGCCGGAGAAGCAACCUCGACGAAACAUUCAUCGACAGUUAACGGAGCAAUCGGUUCAGGGUGGCGCGAAGCUAAUCGCUUGAUAAAGCUCUAUGGCCGUCAGAGAUCCACAAAGGAGCGAGCCACCGAAUUUCCUUCUCUUGCUAAAAUCCCUCGAGCAAAAUUCCACGAGUUGCAUUCGAAUAAAAUGUUCAGCUGCGCGAUAAUCUUAGCUUUGUGUUGCUUUUUGCAACUCCAAGCGGAUCAAGUGUCUCCGAGAAUAAUCAUCGUCGGAUCCGGAGCAGCGGGCAUUGCUGCAGGCACUCGCCUCCUGGAAAAUGGUUUCGAGAACGUGACGAUUCUCGAAGCUGAGAACCGCGUCGGUGGCCGCCUCUAUUCCACGGAAUUUGGCGGUUACACCGUGGACAUUGGAGCCGAGUGGGUACACGGAGAAAAAAAUAAUGCGGUUUUCGAAAUGGUCUGGCCACUGGGACUCUUAGAGAGAUCAAUUCCCGCUGGAUUUUCAACGUUGUUUGAUUCUGCUGGAGGAAAAAUGGACGAAAAAACAGCUGCUGACUUGUUAAAUUUUUUCGAUGGGGACCUUCUCGCUACGAUGCCUGCAGAGGAGUACAAAAAUCGGAGUCUGGGCGAUUGGUACAUCCACAGAUUGGACGAAUAUUUCAAAGGACAUCUGGAAAUAGAGCCCGAGCUACGUGAACCUUUGAAAAAAACAUUCUGCUUGAUGAAGAUGGCUUACGACGCUGCUGACGAUUGGUUUGACGUCGCAGUCGAUGAAAAUUAUGAGGUAUGCGAAGGAGAUCUACUGAUCAAUUGGAAGAACAGAACGUACGGUUUCGUCAUCGACAUUUUGCUGAAAAAGUUCCCAAAUCCUGCCGAAGAACUUCCCUUCCGAGCCAAAACGAUUCUCAAUACCGAAGUAACGAAAAUCGACUAUGACAAUCCUGACGGAGCGGUUCGUGUGGUGACGAAAAACGGUGACGAGUACGUCGCCGAUCACGUUAUUGUCACUCCGUCCCUUGGCGUUUUGAAGGCUGACCACGAGAAACUUUUCAAUCCUCCCUUGCCAGAAACCAAAGUCAAUGCUAUUAAGACAAUUGGAUUUGGAAGUGUCGCGAAAAUCUACCUGAUAUACGACGAACCAUGGUGGCCUCUGACGGACUCUGUGAUGAGCUUAGAUUUCUAUUGGACGGAUGAAGAUAGAAAAAAAGUGGCCGAUAAUCCAGAGCAAUCUUGGCUGUUGGGCGUUUUUGGCAUCAUCACGAUCGAACACAAGCCAGGCUUGUUGUGUUGUUGGGUCACAGGUUCGCGUGUUCGAGAAAUGGAAAGACGAUCGGAGGAGCAAGUUUUCAGUGAAAUAAAAGAACUGCUCCGUGGAUUUUUGGGGAAAACUUACAAUCUCACAGAACCAAAAGCAAUGUUGAGGAGUCAAUGGCACUCGAACCCACACUUCAGAGGAACCUACAGCCACAAAACUCCGGAAUCUAAACGCGUCGGUGCUCUGCCCGCUCACAUCGAAGAACCGAUAAUGGAAAAUGAAAAACCUAAAGUUAUGUUCGCUGGUGAGGCGACGUCUAGUCAUCAGUAUUCAACGGUCCAUGGUGCCAUCCGUACUGGUUGGCGCGAGGCUGAUCGACUGAUGAAGCAUUACGGUCACGCAGUGACCGAGAAACCGAAAACUACGUAAAUUUUCUCCUGAACAUAUCUAGUUGGAAUAAAAUGUUUCCACGUCUAUAGAAAGUAAACGUAUUUGAAUUUGAACGAAAAAAGUGUAUGAAACCAGCUGUGAUAAUGCUACAGGGGCUUUGUAAUUGUAUACGAAAAUCUUGAACAAAAACUUCAUUUUGA